AUGGGAAGAAAACAAAUAACAGAACGUGGAAAAGAACAGCCAGCAGUAAUAACAAUAGAGAAGGGAAGUCAACAGCAAAGUCGUGACUUAAUGCGUCCAUCUGCAAAUGGACCAGUAUAUUUGCCGAGUGCCGACGGCUUACAUUAUCCUGGCUAUCUCACUUAUCAUGUACAGCGCCCAACCUAUGUAACUAGAGGUGUUGCUCGACCAGCUCAAACAAUCUAUUAUCCUUUUCAUAAUUCUGGUUUAGUUUAUCAACCACCCAAUGCAUGUGUACAUGGUUGGAAACGCGAUGCGUAUGGACGUUGUAAACGGAGAAAACAUCGUCAUCGUGAUUAUCGACUACGAGUUAAACAACAAAAACAGUAG